UUUGGUUUGGUUGGCGGAGCACGUCAGAUUGCAAGCGCUUCGCGGAUUUGUGCACGGAAAUGCACAGUUGAAACGAAGUUCUCAAAAGUUCGAAUACCAACGGAGUGAUUCAACGAGCGUUUAUUGUGUGCUGAAAUUUAUAAAAUGAAUUUGAAAAUACUAAUUUUGUUUGUGACCAUUUUACAUCAAUACCAAAACAAACUACUGGUCAGUGCCCAUUUGAGACCCUUACAUGCCGAUCCAGACAGCGAGGAAGAUGGGAGUACAGAUUAUAGGCUGCCGAAAUUGCCGUACGUAAUUAGUUCAACGAUUUCACGCAAGCAAGAGGAACAGCCCCGAAAUUGGCGAGGACUUACUUCUGUUAAUGCUAGUUCAACAGAUACUUCUACUACCACUAAUACUAUUACGACUACAGCUACCCCACAGCACAAACUAAACGAUAAUGGUCCUCAUUCCAACAUGGACAGCUAUGGCAGUGGCAGUGUCAGCGAUAGUGAGGAAGCCGACUUGGACCGCACUUCCGCAUCGCAAAGCAGCAGCAGCACUGAGUUCGAGCGCACUACCAGCGAUUCGCCCCGCCUACGCUACUGCUUGCCGGAAGUUUUCGAGCACGAUUACAUCAUCGUCGAGAAUUACACACAUCCCAAUACGAAUAUGUGGAAACGCGCACGCAUAGGAGAGCGCGCGGGCCUCAGCGAGGUGUGCCUGAAGCCAAAUGGCUUGCCAUUGACGCGCUUGUGCCGUUACAAUCCGCGGAGUCGUGCCGCCGAGUGGGAGGACAUCAGCGGUUGGGGGCGCGUCACUUGUAUGCGACAAACGCGCGAGUGCAUACUUAGCGACAAGCUGAAUUCGUUGCACGAGUCGCUGCUCGGUGGGCAGCUGCUGCACGCUGGUGUGGCGCAACGCAGUCAAGUGACUAGCGAAUUGUAUACAAUGCUGCGCGAAAAGAACUUCAAACUGCUGCCCGCCGACGUGCAUUUGACGUCACAGAUACUGCAUGAAGUCGCCAUAACCGCGCAAGAUCCCGAGGUUUCGCCGGAUAUGGUGCGUAUAUGUGAUCGCCUCAUGUCGAGUGAUGAGCAGGUGUUGCGCAUAUCGGCCGAUUUGAAUGCCACCAACUCCAUUCUGCAGACGUUUGAGGAGUACAUGGAUGCGCUCUCCGCGCGACAAGUGCCGACAGCUGGCUGUUCUAGUACUUCAACAACAACCAUUGUUUCACGUCCGAGUGCAGAGGCGGAAGCGGAUAUCGGCAGCAGCUACUCAAAGGCGGUGGAGGAAGUGAAAAUGGGGCACUUGGGUGUACGCGCACACAUUUCCACAAACAUCAGUGUGUUCUUUCUGAAUCCCGAAUGCGCCAACAUAUCGGGCAUUGCCUUGUACGCGCCGACGGCACAGCAAAGCAGGAGUUCGUCAUCUCCACACGCUUUGUUCAGUACAGUGGUGCCGAACUUCCGCUAUCGCUUUAUUGCCAUGAAUGAAUCGGUGGAAGCGCUGUCGCAGGAGCCCGAGCUGCAGGUGGCCAGCUUUCUUCCCAUGUCCCUCUGGCAACAUGUGAGUACGAAGCUGCGGGCGAAAGGCAAAGUACCUGUGAUUGUUAUGAAAGUUUAUGGACAUGACGCGCUGUUCGUAGAUCCGGCAUUGGUGCAAACGCGCAAACCGUUUAGCAAAAUUCUAUCCAUUUCCAUACCGGGAUACAAUGAAAAUUUCCCGCAACCAUUAAGCUUUCUGCUGCGCAACCGUUUCGAUUAUAUGGACCCGUCGCUCAUAGCGCAACCAGGCACCGGCUGCGGCUACUGGAACUACAGCACAUGGGUGAAUACUGGCGUUCAGACGGACAUUCAAGAUUUGCUCAAACAGUCCGUUAUAGAGUGCCGCACACUGCAUUUGACGCAGUUCUCGUUUCUCUUGGGCGGCACCUACAAGCAGGCGGACAUUACCGAUGAUGUGCUCAUUACGCCCAUUCAUCUGCGUGCGUUGGACAUAAUAUCGCUUGUGGGCUGUUCGCUUUCCCUGAUGGGCCUGCUGUGCAUUUGGAUCACGGCGGCGAUGUUCAAAAAUUGGCGAUCGCUUGCCUCCACCAAAAUACUGUUAAACCUGUGUGUCGCCCUGACUUUGCAAAUGGUGCUCUUUGUCUUCGUCAACACAGAGGACAUGUCCGCCGAGCUGGUGGAGGACCGUCUAUACAUAAACUGCGUGCUCUUGGGCGCUUUUCUGCAGUACUCCAUAUUGGUGCUCUUCAUGUGGAUGCUAAUCAUAGCGGUGCUGCAGUUCCAGCGUUAUGUGACCGUUAUCGGUAUAGAACGUCCGAAACGAUACAUACUUAAAUCGGCGAUCGUUGCGUGGGGCUUUCCGCUCUUACCCACCUUACUUGUGGCCUGCAUUGCGCCCAGGUCGUACAUACCCACCGAAUAUGAGCUACAAACAAGCACUGCCAUAUGCUAUCCCAGCGGAUUGGGUCUGGCGCUGGGCGUUAUUCUGCCGAUUACCGCCGUCGUCAUCGUCAAUCUUACCAUUUUCAUUUAUGUAUUCUACAGCAUCUCGCACACGCUUAAUCAGGCCAUUCACCGCAGCGAGAAGAAACUGAUCACGAAGCAGAUACGUUUGUCGGUGUUGUUGUUUUUCCUGCUCGGCAUUUCGUGGAUCUUCGGCUUGUUCGCUUACAUGCAAGCCGGCGUUAUCUUCUCCUACAUCUUUUGCCUCACUGCCACACUGCAAGGCUUCGUGCUGUUCGUCUAUUUCGUCCUGCUGGACGAGGUGCCGCGCAGUGCUUGGCUGAAUUUGCUCCACCCUCAGCGGAAGAAGAACAGCGGCAAACGAGCAACCGAAUUGCAGUCGAUUACGGCUUCGACAGGUCUGGAGAGUGGCGUGUGUGCGCACGACACUACGAGCAUGACGCGUCAGGGCAGAAAUUAGAAUUCAAAUCGAGAUACCGCACCACAGGCCCCUCAGACGGAGGACAAUUCGGUGUAGUCAUCAAUUCAUUAUAGACUGAAAGAUAUACACACACACACAGACAAAUAUUGUUUGUGUAUCGCCAGCAUUUCAGCUUUCAGCAAAGUCACCCACAUCCACACCAACACAGUAGUAUUUUAUGUACCUUCUAGUUUUAAGUGGAAUACACACAUAUUUAUUAUCUGUAUGUACGACCUUACUCCAUACUUUAUAUUUACUUCUUUGGAAGCAUGUUGAACAAAAAGUACCAAAAAUCUAGAAAUAUUAUAUAUAAAACGACAA